AUGGAGUCGAACGGCAUCUCGAACGAGCAAGGCGCUGCCUCGACCCCAGUCCAGAGCCAGCUCAGCACAGCCAGCUUUUCGGUUACUGCUCCGUCAGCGGCUGGGUCAAACAACACGCCAGAAUUUAGCUACUUCGACCGCCUGUCGCCGCAACCCGGGUCAGACUUCGAGUCGAUGAUGAGAGACAGGCCAGGGCCGAGCUCUCCUAGGAGGUUGGUGAAGGACAUCUUCAGCCGCGUCCAAGGCGCCAGCUCGCCAGGCCAGAACGGAGGCCAGCAAUCAGUCCGCCCCUCCUACCAGGCAACCGUCACUUAUGGCACCAGCACCGGCAACUUCAACCAGCCUGCCUUCAGCCAAGGUGCUCCGUCACAGUUUGGUGGCCAUCAGACAGUCCGUGUCCAGAUGCCGAGCCGUGACCCUUCGUUGCAGUUCGAGCAUGGCUUGAAUAGCACUUACAACAAAAACGGCUUCCGCCUUCCUUUGCCACGAUACGAUCCUGUGAUGCGCGAUGUGUCCGCCAUUCAGCAGCCGUAUGGUGGGAUGAGCAACAUCAAUCGCGCCGGACAGAACCAAUUUCGCGGUCGGAUCAUCUUCGAAGGGCAAGGCGAAGUUGGUCACAGUCCGUACGGGUCCCAGAUGCACUUGCAGGACUUCACACAACCGCCAUACCCGCGCAUGGCACCGGGAGCGCAAUCUGGUACAAUCCCAGAUUACACCCUUCCAACUUUCAACCAGCCAAUCAGUGUUAACGGAGCUCGCACCGUGGUGAGGCCAAACCAAGUCAGCGACAACAGUCUACCAGCUCCCCACGGUGGUGCUGCCCUUCCAUACGAUCCCAUCCAUGACAACAACUGGACUGCUGUCCGCGGACCUCGUGUCGUCGCUGACCAGCUGCCGAACCUUUCGUAUGAAGGCGGCUACGACAUGCAUGCUGGCAAAUUCAUUGGAGGAAAUCAACACUAUUCAGUGGACUCAGUCGUCGAUGGUCUGCUAAGGCAACCUGGGGACGUUGCUGACAUGGAUGCGGUUGAACAGAUGCCGCCAUUGGCUCCAGGCGGCACGGUCGUUGCAUCGGCGGCAGAUCCUGGCGAAGUGAUCUCUGACACCACUUCAGCAAGCGACGAGAACCAUGACCAGAGCAAUGCUGGUCCCGUUCCAGCUGGCUGCAUGCGCACCAUAGGUGGCCGCAUCCGUCGGAUCAAGCAGAAUGUCGAGCUCGAAGGUGCGCCACGCACAAAUGUCGCUCUUCCACAGUGCGAGAUGAGUGCGGUGGAGAUACUCACCUUCUUCCCUCACCACACCCAGUGGCCGGGGGUCCUCUUUCGCCUCAUUGGCAACGGCUGGAAGACCGCCGACAUAGCCAAGGCCCAGGUCUUCGCACGUGGCCUGCUGGAUGAAGACGGUUUAGCAGCCAGCCGUCGCAACGCAUCGCUCAGGCACCAGGUUCUCACCAACGGAAAGCACGCUUUCGGCAUCAACAAAUUCAACUUGACACGCAACGCCGCGCUUGUCACCCCCACCACAAAUUAUAGCAUGGCUGGCUACUUGCCUCGCCCACACGCCGGUGUGCCACCUCACCAGAUUGUUUUGCUCGACCACAAGCUUAUCGAUCUGGCAAAGGACGUAUUCAACAUGCCGGAGCCUUAG